AUGGCUAUAUCAUGUCCGGAGAAAGUGACUGUUUGUUAUAAUUGCUAUUGGCCAGGUCACAAAAGAUCAGAAUGCCCGGAACUGGUUGGAAAGAAGGAUGGGCAAGACUCGAAAAGUGAAAUCCCUAAAGCAAAAGCAAGAUCUUUCCAAUUGACCGCCGCAGAAGCAAAAGUCGAACCUGAUGUGGUCUCAGUCGGUGACAAAGUCAUGCUCAAAGUGUCCCCAUGGAAAGGAGUUAUCCGGUUUAGAAAGAAAGGGAAGUUGAGCCCAAGAUUUAUCGGACCAUUUACGAUUAUUGAGCGGGUAGGAAAAGUAGCUUACCGUCUUGAUCUACUGGAGGAACUAAGCAGAAUUCAUAGCACAUUUCAUGUGUCACAUCUUCGAAAAUGUUUAGCGGAUGAGACAUCUUAUAUUCACUACGAUGAUAUCGAGGUGGAUGACAGAUUAAACUAUGUGGUAAAACCUGUUGCGAUUCUGGAUCGUAAGGUGAAAACCUUAAGGAAUAAAAAGAUCAAUCAAGUAAAGGUCAAAUGGGAACACAAGAAGGGUGCAGAUACCACAUGGGAAUUCGAAGAGGAAAUGCAACGGCUUUACCCUACUUUAUUUGUUACGUAA